GUGUCUACCACCGACUUUUGUUUCUAUACAACGCACGCCUCCGAUCAGUCACACGGUUCCUUCUUGACGUGGUCACUGCUUAGUUGGAAUAUCAUUGUUUCUGGAAUAUAGCCUGAAAAAACUAUGGAAGUGCUGUCUCAGAGCAAGGAAGUCUUGUCUACUUCGCCGGCAGAUACGCCAAAACUCAUGCACGGAGGCAAUUACAUUGCCGAAGGACGUGACUCAAAUAAAUCGACAUGGCUCCUUUUCUCUCCUGAAACACCUGACGCGGCCGGUUCCUUGGCGAAAUUUCUGAGUAUUUUUUCUACCCAUGGUGUGAACCUUAGCCACAUCGAGUCCCGCUCGUCAGCAAGAAGGCCCGGAUAUGAGUUCAUGGUGGAAUGUGAACACGGCUCGGGUGACUUCGGCGCUGUUCUAGCGGAGCUUAGAGAAAACACUGGAUAUUUGAAUAUAAUUUCCAGAAAUUACAAGGACAACAGAUCUGCCGUACCGUGGUUCCCGAGACGUAUCCGUGAUUUAGACAGAUUUGCGAAUCAGAUCCUGUCCUACGGCGCUGAGCUCGAUUCAGAUCAUCCUGGUUUUACUGACCCCGAAUACAGGGCUAGAAGAAAAUACUUCGCCGAUAUUGCCUUUAACUACAAGCACGGUCAGCCCCUACCACAUGUGAACUACACUAAAGAUGAAACCGCAACCUGGGGCGUUGUGUUUAGAAAACUCACGGAAUUGUAUCCAACCCACGCUUGCAAGGAACACAAUCACGUGUUUCCCUUAUUGAUCGAAAAUUGUGGAUACAGAGAAGACAAUAUCCCGCAACUUGAAGAUGUUUCAAAUUUCCUUAAAGAUUGCACAGGAUUUACACUACGUCCAGUAGCAGGCCUACUGUCGUCGAGAGAUUUUCUUGCCGGUCUGGCGUUCCGAGUGUUCCACAGCACUCAGUACAUUAGGCACCAUUCACGUCCCCUCUACACUCCGGAGCCAGACGUUUGCCACGAAUUGCUGGGACAUGCUCCAUUGUUUGCCGAUCCAGCAUUUGCACAGUUUUCCCAGGAAAUUGGUCUCGCUUCUCUAGGAGCUCCAGACGAUUAUAUUGAAAAACUUGCAACGUGCUUUUGGUUUACUGUGGAAUUCGGUUUAUGCCGCCAAGAAGGGCAACUUAAAGCUUAUGGUGCUGGACUAUUGUCUUCAUUUGGUGAGCUGCAGUACUGCCUUUCUGACAAGCCGGAGCUGAAGGAUUUUGAGCCACAAAUCACCGGCACCCAAAAAUAUCCAAUCACUGAGUAUCAACCCGUAUACUUUGUGGCCAACAGCUUCGAAAACGCUAAAGAGAAAAUGAUAAAAUUCGCUCAGACGAUUCCCCGUGAUUUCGGCGUCAGGUACAACCCGUAUACUCAAAGUAUUGACAUACUCGACUCGCCCAGGCAGAUGAGAGACCUCUUCAAGAAUAUACACCAGGAGAUGGAGCUACUAGUUGGUGCAAUUGACAAAUUGUAGAACAUUUAUAUAUAUUAUAUUAAUAUUGUAUAAUAGUAAUUAGUGUGUAAAAAUAACUACUGUGAAAUUAUUAUAACUUCAC